GGAGACAUCUACGUCACUUCCUCUACCCGCACUGUUGGCGCCGGACGUUGUUUAAGCUAAGCUAGUCGGCUGCUAAGUGCAGGAAUUCUCAAAUAUGGCCGCUUUAACCACUUUUAAAGAAGAACUCCGGCUCAUCGUGAGCGGCCUCGCCCGGGCGGUGCUAGCGGCGGCGGAGGAACCCCGGAACCCCGGAACCGAGGAAAAACUCAGCACUCUGGUGAACAGUUUGUGUGUCGAAGCUGUGCAUCAAAUCCUGAAGAUGGUUGAGCCUCGAGAAGACCUGAAGGAUCCACCAGGAUACCCAAAGGAUCCACCAGGAGACCUGAAGGAUCCACCAGGAGACCCGAAGGAUCCACCAGGAGACCACAAGGAUCCACAAGGAGACCUGAAGGAUCCAGCUGAGUCUUACAGGAGCAGUGAAUGUUUAAAGAAGAAGACAGAAGGUGGAGAAGGUGGAGGCGAGCGCCCCCUCACAGGACAGACCUACAUCCUGGUUUACGGGAGCGCUGCUGUCCACUCCAAGGGUCUGCUGCUGUCACUGCAGGGCCAUGCUAAUGCUAAUGCUAAUGCUAACGGUGAAAACAGAACCUCCCCCCCUCCCCCGCAGAACGAUGUCCCCGACCACGAGUAUGCUCGUCCGCCGCCAGGCACCGCCUCGUCAGUGGAGGGCGGAGUCUCGGCAGCACGCGGCAGGAAACAGCGCUGUGGCGGGCGGCGGAGAAAGACCCCCGACGCGUCUCAGACGACAGAAAGUCCCUGCCGGUGUUCACGGUGCGGGAUGCUGUUUCCAACCAGCCAGCGCCUCUCAGACCACCAGAGGAAGUCUCACCCCGUGUGCUCGGUGUGCGGGGCGGUGUUCGCUGGCGUCCUGAGACUCCGCGAGCACACCACCAAAGAGCACGGGCUGCUGCCCUACACCUGCGACUACUGCCCCAAGAGGUUCAACCACAAGGCUCACCGCGACCUGCACGUGAAGGCGCGGCACACCGGCGAGAAGACCUGCCACUGCGACGUCUGCGGGAAGGGCUACUCCGGCGCCAGCACGCUGAAGACACACCGGACCACGCACUUCGAGAAGACGUUCGUCUGCGACGUCUGCGGGAGGAGCUUCUACCACGGCGGCCACCUGACGCGACACAAGCUGGUGCACCGUGAGGUGCGUCCGUACCGCUGCUCCACCUGCGGGAAGGGCUUCACCCAGGCCGCCAACCUGCGCAGCCACCAGGCCGUGCACACGGGAGAGCGGGCGCUGUGCUCCGUCUGCGGCAAGAGCGUCCGCUGCCUGAAGAGCCACGUCCUCAGCAAGCACUCGCACGAGCUGCCCGCCGACGAGCUCACGGCCACGGACGCCGUCUUCACCUGCGAGGUGUGCGGCAAGAAGUUCCCCCACCCGUCGCAGUUUAUGAUCCACCAGAGGAGCCACACGGGGGAGAAACCGUUCCACUGCGACGUCUGCGGGAAGAGCUACAGCAUGAAGCAGCAGCUGAGGGAGCACAGGUACACCCACACCGGAGAGAAACCCUACAGGUGCACCUUCUGCUCCAAGACCUUCAGCCUGGCCACCAGCUUCAUGAGGCACCGCAGCAUCCACAGCGGGGAGACACCCUACAGCUGCAGCGCCUGUGGGAAACACUUCCGCCUGCUCACCUUCCUGAAAGCUCACCUGCAGACCAAAGCUCACCUGAGGCAGACGCAGACGGUGACCUCUGACCUCACAUCAGAUUCGCUACACGGUCAAAAGUAUGUGGACACCCCCAUGUGAGAUAUAACAUAAACAUAACAAUUGUAUUUGGUGCAGUGUCCCUUUAACAGAGGAAUGAACAGGAUGAGAUGAUGUUUUUCUCUUCUAGCAGAUCAACAAUCAGCCAUCAGGAUCAUUAAAGGUGAUUAAAUCUAUUGUACACACACAAAGGUGGGAUUAACUGUGGUAUACAUCCUUUAAUCUAACCUCUGGUCUGCACAAAAGCACACAAACAGAGUGAGUGUCUCUGCUGGAUUACAGGGACCAGCAUCAAUUAUCAUGUGAUGGCAGUAAAGUGGGAAUUAUGAGCGAUUAUGCUGCAACAGAUUAAAGUAUCUGAUGGAAACACGGCAGAUCUGAGGUCAGAGGUCACUGAACAGCAGCAGCAUAACAAACAUCUGAUCACAACUGUUUCAUGUUUUUGUUAUGACGUCAAAUAAUACGGCAUAACAACUCAUAUUCAUACUUCAGUUUGUGUUCAGAGUAAAAACACAUGUGAAUCUGAGGUCUGCAGGUGAGAAAUGUGUAUUUAUUGUGUAUUUAAAGUCACAUGAACAACGCUCAUUAAAUUAUUUAUUUAUUUAUUAUUUAUGAAUUCAAUUAAAUCGUUUUUUUUGUGAUCAUGGUUUUCAAAGAUAACAUGGUAUGAUUUAUGAACAAACAAUGUGA